GUUUCAUUCAUUCGUCCGAUCGGUUGGUUCGCACGCGGCGCUCAGAGGAGACGCCAGCGCGCGCGGAGCGGCACGUGAAAGUCAGACAGCCGGCGUUUCAGCGCGGGACGGGACUGCACUGCGCGAGCGGAUCUUCAUCAUCAUCAUCAUCAUCAUCAUUAACAUCCUCAUCAUCCUCAUCAUCUCAGCGCGGUGAGGAAGGUGCAGGUGCGGGACGCUCCUCAAACCGACACACCGGCCCAUGAUGUGACCACCAGACAGAUUAUUUCACCCAGUGCACCUGUAGAAGGAGAACAGAAGGACAGCUCCAGUCUUUUCCUGUGAAACUGACCUCCCAUCUCCGAGAAUGGAGGAACACGACGACGCUGGACUCGACCGUCCAGAGACAAAACUUCCGUUUCUCAUCUGCUUGUCUUCCAUCUUCUUGCGUGCGUGCUCCGGUCAGACGCUUAACGUCUUCCAGUCUGAGAGGCCCGAGUGGAGCCUGAGUCACCUGGCCGUCCACCAGUCGAGUGGUGCGGUGUACGUUGGCGGAGUCAACCGCGUGUACAAGCUCUCGUCCGAUCUGGCGCCGCUGGUCACGCACAACACCGGGCCGGAGCUGGACAACCAGGCGUGUUAUCCUCCUCUGAUCAUGCAGCCGUGCUCCGAGCCGCUCGCCAGAACCGACAACGUCAACAAGCUCCUGCUGGUGGACGACCUGCACGGCCGCCUGCUGGCAUGCGGGAGUCUGUACCAGGGCGUGUGCAAAAUCCUGAGGCUGGACGAUCUGUUCAUCCUGGCCGAACCAUCGCACAAAAAGGAGCACUACUUCUCCAGCGUGAACCAGACUGGCAGCACGAGCGGCGUGAUCGUGAGCCGAGACCGUGAGCGGGAUGCCACUCUGUACAUCGGCACGUCCGUCGGCGGCAAACAGGACUACUUCCCCACCAUCUCGAGCCGAAAGCUGCCUAAAGACCCCGAAUCGGCGGCCAUGCUGGACUACGAGCUUCACACCGACUUUGUUUCGUCGCUAGUCAAGAUUCCGUCCGAUACGCUAGCUCUGGUCACGGACUUCGACAUCGACUACGUGUACGGUUUCUCCAGCGGCAACUUCGUGUACUUCCUGACCGUGCAGCCGGAGACGGAGACCCCCGGAGAGCUCUUUUACACCUCGCGUGUGGUCCGGCUCUGCAAAGGCGACGAUAAGUUCCACUCGUACGUCUCCCUGCCGGUGGGCUGCGUGAAGAACAGAGUGGAGUACCGGCUGCUCCAGGCGGCGUUCCUGGCUAAAGCCGGGAGCGUCAUGGCCGCCGCGCUGAACAUCACCGAACGAGACGACGUGCUCUUCGCAGUAUUCUCGAAAGGACAGAAGCAGUACCGGAGACCGUCGGACGACUCGACGCUCUGCGUUUUCACCAUCCGGGAUAUUAAUGCGCGGAUCAAAGAGAGGCUGCGGUCGUGCUAUCAGGGCGAAGGAAACCUGGAGCUGCACUGGCUUCUGGGAAAAGACGUUCAGUGCACAAAAGCGGAACCUCCGUUUAACCCAUACCAGCUGAAAUAUCACCGAGGCUCCAGCUCCGUGUUAACUGUGUGUGUGUGUGUGAUAGUGUGUGUGUGUGUGUGUGUGUGUGUGUUUGUGUGUGUGUGAUAGUGUAUGUGUGAGAUAGUGUAUGUGUGUGAGAGUGUGUGUGUGAUAGUGUGUGUGUGUGUGAUAGUGUGUGUGUGAUAGUGUGUGUGUGAUAGUGUGUGUGUGUGAUAGUGUGUGUGAGUGUGUGUGAUAGUGUGUGUGUGAUAGUGUGUGAGAUAGUGUGUGUGUGUGAUAGUGUGUGUGAUUGUGUGAUAGUGUGUGUGUGAUAGUGUGUGUGUGUGUGAUAGUGUGUGUGUGUGAUAGUGUGUGCGUGUGUGAUAGUGUGUGUGUGUGUGAUAGUGUGUGUGUGUGAUAGUGUGUGUGUGUGUGAUCGUGUGUGUAUGAUUGUGUGAUAGUGUGUGUGUGUGAUAGUGUGUGUGUGAGAUAGUGUAUGUGUGUGAGAGUGUGUGUGUGUGAUUGUGUGAUAGUGUGUGUGUGAUAGUGUGUGUGUGUGAUGGUGUGUGUGUGAUAGUGUGUGUGUGUGUGUGAUAGUGUGUGUGUGUGUGAUAGUGUGUGUGUGUGAUAGUGUGUGUGUGUGAGAGUGUGUGUGUGUGAUUGUGUGAUAGUGUGUGUGUGAUAGUGUGUGUGUGUGUGUGACAGUGUGUGUGUGUGAUAGUGUGUGUGAGUGUGUGUGAGUGUGUGUGAUAGUGUGUGUGUGUGAUAGUGUGUGUGUGUGAUUGUGUGAUAGUGUGUGUGUGAUAGUGUGUGUGUGUGUGUGUGAUAGUGUGUGUGUGUGUGUGUGAUAGUGUGUGUGAGUGUGUGUGAUAGUGUGUGUGUGUGAUAGUGUGUGUGUGUGAUUGUGUGAUAGUGUGUGUGUGAUAGUGUGUGUGUGUGUGAUAGUGUGUGUGUGAUAGUGUGUGUGUGUGAUAGUGUGUGAUAGUGUGUGAGAGUGUGUGUGAGUGUGUGUGUGUGUGUGAUAGUGUGUGUGUGUGUGUGUGAUAGUGUGUGUGUGAGAUAGUGUGUGUGAGUGUGUGUGAUAGUGUGUGUGUGAUAGUGUGUGUGUGUGAUAGUGUAUGUGUGUGUGAUAGUGUGUGUGUGUGUGUGUGUGUGUGAUAGUGUGUGUGAGUGUGUGUGAUAGUGUGUGUGUGUGUGAUAGUGUGUGAGUGUGUGUGUGUGUGUGUGUGUGAUAGUGUGUGUGUGUGAUAGUGUGUGUGAUAGUGUGUGUGUGUGUGUGAUAGUGUGUGUGUGUGUGUGUGUGAUAGUGUGUGUGUGUGAUAGUGUGUGUGUGUGUGUGUGUGAUAGUGUGUGUGUGAUAGUGUGUGUGUGUGAGAUAGUGUGUGUGUGUGAGAUAGUGUGUGUGUGUGUGUGUGAUAGUGUGUGUGUGUGUAUGAUAGUGUGUGUGUGUGUGAUAGUGUGUGUGUGUGUGUGUGAUAGUGUGUGUGUGUGUGUGUGUGUGUGUAUGAUAGUGUGUGUGUGUGUGAGAGUGUGUGUGUGAGAGUGUGUGUGUGAUAGUGUGUGUGUGUGUGAUUAGUGUGUGUGUGUGUGUGUGUGAUAGUGUGUGUGUGUGUGUGAUAGUGUGUAUGUGUGUGUGUGUGUGUGUGGGGGGGGUGUAUGAUAGUGUGUGUGAUAGUGUGUGAGAGUGUGUGUGUGUGUGUGUGAUAGUGUGUGUGUGUGAGAGUGUGUGUUUGUGUGUGUGUGAGAGUGUGUGAUAGUGUGUGUGAGAUAGUGAGUGUGUGUGUGUGAGAUAGUGUGUGUGUGUGUGUGAGAUAGUGUGUGUGUGUGUGUGUGAUAGUGUGUGUGUGAUAGUGUGUGUGUGUGUGUGUGAUAGUGUGUGUGUGUGUGUGUGUGUGUAUGAUAGUGUGUAUGAUGAUAGUGUGUGUGUGUGUGUGUGUGUGUGAUAGUGUGUGUGUGUGUGUGUGUGUGAUAGUGUGUGUGUGUGUGAUAGUGUGUGUGUGUGUGUGUGUGUGAUAGUGUGUGUGUGUGUGAUAGUGUGUGUGUGUGUGUGUGAUAGUGUGUGUGUGAGAUAGUGUGUGUGUGUGUGUGUGUGUGUGAUUGUGUGUGUGUGUGAUAGUGUGUGUGUGUGUGUGUGUGAUUAGUGUGUGUGUGUGUGUGAUAGUGUGUGUGUGUGUGUGAUAGUGUGUGUGUGUGUGUGAUAGUGUGUGUGUGUGUGUGUGUGAUAGUGUGUGUGUGUGUGAUAGUGUGUGUGUGUGUGUGAUAGUGUGUGUGUGUGUGUGUGUGUGUGUGAUAGUGUGUGUGUGUGUGAUAGUGUGUGUGUGUGUGUGUGUGAUAGUGUGUGUGUAUGAUAGUGUGUAUGAUAGUGUGUAUGUGUGUGUGUGUGUGUGAUAGUGUGUGUGUGUGUGUGUGAUAGUGUGUGUGUGUGUGUGUGUGAUAGUGUGUGUGUGUGUGUGAUAGUGUGUGUGUGUGUGUGUGUGAUAGUGUGUGUGUGUGUGUGUGAUAGUGUGUGUGUGUGUGUGAUAGUGUGUGUGUGUGUGUGAUAGUGUGUGUGAUAGUGUGUGUGUGUGAUAGUGUGUGUGUGUGUGUGUGUGUGUGUGAUAGUGUGUGUGUGUGUGUGUGUGUGUGUGAUAGUGUGUGUGUGUGUGAUAGUGUGUGUGUGUGUGUGUGUGUGAUAGUGUGUGUGUGUGUGAUAGUGUGUGUGUGUGUGUGUGUGUGAUAGUGUGUGUGUGUGUGUGUGUGUGUGUGAAUGUGUGUGUGUGUGUGCUGCUCGCUGGCAUUUAAAGUUAUGUACCAUGAUGUACAGCACAAUAACAAGCCGCACGCUGUGACGUGAGGACGCGGAGCUCGGGUCUGUGUGUGCGGUGACAUUUCCGUGGCGCUCGGAAGCUAAAUGUCUGGUUUACUCGAGCGUCCAGACGCGUCACAUCAGACCUUUUCAUAAGUCCAUAUUAUCCACUGGAGCUCCAGAACCACCAACGAGCAGCGUGAGGUCAGUGAGGAUCCCCCAGACUCCUGCUAGAGUUCAGUGUCAUUUAUUCCUUCACCACUUCACACGCUUCCUUUAAACACGUUAACAGCGUGAUGUCGUGUGAACGUCGUCUCUCGCACACUGACGAGAUAACGAGCG